AAAUCUCGCAUCCUCUCGCUGUCCCGUCGCCUAACCCCAUAUCCCCACCUCCAGGCGCUGCCGGCGCCUCCUCCCGGCUCGCCGAACUCCGCCGCCCCGCCCAAGCUUCCGAACUCCUUUCACAAGACCGGCGCGGAUAAGGUCUUCGCCUCUCCGGUUCCUCCCCACCCGUCUCGGAACCAGGACCCCAUCGGGCUGGAUCUAGGGUUGCAAGGGGAGGGGUUCUGGAGGCCUCCGCCACGAUGGAGGCGGCCGAUCUCGCCGCGGACGGCCGCAUCUUCAAGGCCGACUUCACCGACGCCGGCGCCUACCAGCUCCGCGAGCGCAUGCGGGAGAAGCUCCGUGAGUUCGAGGGCAGUCCCGAAGACUCCAUCGCGGACUACGUUAUUGUGCUUCUCAGGAAUGGAAAACGCAAGGACCAGGCCAGGAAGGAGCUCCAUAUUUUUUUAGGAGUUGAUGAUAGUGCAUUGUUUAUUUCAUGGCUGUGGGAUCAUCUAUCUUUAAAUUUGCACUUGUAUGUGCAAACACAAGAGCAGGAGGUGGAGAACAAGGACGAUGAAAUCCCAAAAGAACUAUCUGGAAGACAUAAAUCACCUGAGGUGUACGCGAGAAGAGAUCAAACGCCUCUUGAGCACACAAGUGAAUCAAAUACGACCAUCAGGAGUCGGAAUAAGAGGGAUUGGAAAGGAACUGGCAGGGAGGGCAACAGAAACUUUCCACUUCGAAGUGUACUAACGGAUAUUUUGCACGGAGAAGAGAAAAAGCUGCAAAAGUCUACUGAAAUACGACAGCCUCCAUCAUCUAAUCAACGGAAUGGCAGAAAGCGUGAUCGGGAGGAUGAACCACAACAAACAAAGAGAGAACUGCCUUCUCGUCCGGUGCUUGGUGCUUCCCGUCGUCUUCUGCAGUUCGCCGUUCGAGAUGCUGUAAAAGCUGUACAGCAAACCAGCAGCUCUAUGGAGCCAUCUUCUAAGCGCCUACGCUCUGUUGUUUCCACGGUAUCCACAGACAACCAGCAUGGUAAAAUGUCAGAAAGAUCUACAGACAGCCUACAUGACAGGAGAUCAGAGAGAGCUACAGACAGCCUGCAUGACAGGAGAUCAGAAAGAUCUGCAGACAACCCGAAUGAUAAAAGAGUAGAAAGAAAAAGGCAAAUUCUACAAGUACCUGGAGCCGCUUUAGCUCUUAGAGCUGCUGCAGAGGCUGCUGCAGACUCUUCCAAAGCAAGAUCUACUGGAAGUGUGUUCAGUAGAUUGGGUCAAGGGAAUGCUGUGAAUAAACCAUCUCGUUCUCGUGAAGAGAAGAGAGGCUAUGAUGAUUUUGAACCAGCUACAACGUUAGAUGAUCACGACUCUGAUCAGCAUGAUAAUGACGAGCAGAUAUCUGGAGACCUGGAGAUAGCAGACGGGGAAGAUGAAAUGAAUGUUGAUACUACCUCUGAUGAGGAUGCGGACAUAGAUGAUGAAAUGACUAGAUACCAAAGUUCUGAUUCACAUGUUGUGGAGAAGAAAUAUACAUUGACAAAAUGCAGCGCUGAACCUGAGACCAAUAAAACAAAGCAUUCUAGUUUGACUUAUGAGGAGCAACCUGUUUCUUCGGCACCAAUAAGAGCAAGCAAAACUGUUGCUGUUCCAGUUAACCCCAUUUCCGUGGAACCUCCAAAUUUUGGAACACCAAAAGAUGUUCAUGUUGUGGAGAAGCCGGACAUCACACCCAUGAAUGCUAAUGUUGCCUCUCCAGCUAUUAAUGUCAAAGAAUUAGGUCAUGGAGAAGUCCAAAAGGAUUCACAGCGGUCUGCAACAUCUGUUUCUAGUUCAUAUAGCACUGCCCAUCCCACAGAAGAUGCGGAUUCAAGGACCCUCUAUGUUAGCAAUGUUCACUUUGCUGCCACCAAGGACUCUCUGUCUCGCCAUUUCAACAAGUUUGGUGCAGUGCUGAAAGUAGUCAUUGUUACUAAUGCAGCAACUGGGCAGCCAACAGGGUCCGCCUAUGUCGAGUUUUUACACACAGAGUCGGCUGAAAGAGCUCUGUCAUUGAAUGGCACAUCAUUUAUGACGCGCAUUCUAAAGGUCGUGAGGCGAAGCUCCCAUGAAGCUGCUCACUUUUAUGGUUGGCCUGGUAGUGGUCGAUCAUCAUAUGCUAGGGGUAGGAUGGCAUACCCAAGGGGUGUUCUCCCUGGUAGCUCAUUUAGAGGGCAUACUCCGAUGAAAGCAGGUGCCAGAAGUUUUCAGUGGAAACGUGAGCCUUCAGGCACCGAGUCCAAUGCAGGUGCAAAACCCGACAUGAGUGUAGCAUUGGCUUCAGCUGAGCAGGUGCUUCCACCAGCCACAUAGGGGAGAUUAUGUUAUAUUUGAUCAUAGUGAGAACCAAUUGGUGUCUUCCAGUUGUCCAGCAUGUUUAAAUGAGAACAAUAGGGCCAAUAAGCUGACAACAAGAUGGUUGCUCCAAAAUGCUGCUUUGUAAAAAGGCUAAACAGGAAAAGAACAUAAAAAGGGGAAAAAAGGAAAGAAAAAAAAGGGAAAGGGACCCGGAGUCCAAAUUCGAUAAACUGUGAUGCGGAUACUUGGAGAUGGUUGUCCCUUGUCGAUGAUCAGUCUGUCAUACCAAGCAGUUUUCAUCAGUCAUCUGAAAGGGGCUUACUCAGACUCGAAAUAAGUUACAGCUUUGAAGUUGUAUUGGUGGUUGCUUCAGUGAGGACUGGUUUCGGACUUGACCAAAAGGAGGACCGGUUUUCGGACAUGAUAUUCUAGCGCGUAUGCGCUUUGUCAAUGUAAGCCCCGACUGUAUAGCAUCCUAUUUAUCUGUACUCAUCCCUCUGGACCCUUUCCCAGGCAAAAAAAGAUGAAAAAAGAAAAAAAAGUAGUCUUAUGUCUCUGUUAUUUCCUAUUGAACCGACUGUUUUUUGUUCAUUUCUUAUGUAUUGAUAUAUUCGAGUUAAACAUUCGUUUAAUUUAUGUGCUGAACAUUAUUUUA